AUGUCAUCUUCUACCCGUCCAAAACCCUCGCGCAAAAGUUCCGGCAAUCAUAGGAGUACGCUGUCACUGCAAAGAACUGAGGUCACCAUACACGUCUAUGAUCUAUUACCCCCCGGCAAGGUCGCGACUGUACUCUGGGCAAUUGGCAGCUCUCUCCUACAUACCGGGGUUGUUAUUGGCGACAGAGAAUAUGCAUAUGGCGGACACGAUCGGCGAGAUCUGACGGGAGUGUACUGGACGAAGCCUGGGCAAGAACCACCGGGUGGUACAUUCAAGCAGGCGAUCCUACAUGGCUUCUCAUUCCGCCCUGACGAAGAGCUAGAGGCUAUCAUACAAGAGGCAUCACACGAGUUCCAAGGAACGUCGUAUAACCUCCUCACGAAGAACUGCAACCACUUUACGUCCUACCUUUGCGAGAAGCUCACCGGUCGCCCAGCUCCAGGCUAUCUGAAUCGUGCCGCUAGCAUUGGCGUCGCUCUACCAUGCGUUGUACCACGGGAAUGGAUAGCGCCACCGGAUUAUGAUACUGCUGAUGGAGAGUUGCUUGACGAGGAGUUCGAAGACGAAGGAGCGUCUAUGCUGCGACACGAUCGAGAACGAGAACGCCAUCGGACAGCUGAAGAGGCAAGGGGUUGGGAGAACGCGAGCUAUUCUGCUGGAAGUAGUCGUAGUGAUCAAGGAGGCGCAAGAGGGCCUAUUAGGUAUGAGGUUGGAAAUCUUGCACCCAGGCUUGUCAACAUCGCAGAAACGGAUUCUAGUGGUCGGCCUAUUCCACCCGCUGAAAGGGCACCAUUGCCAAAAAAUCUGACAUGA